CAUCGCCGUCGCCUCCCGCACCUCGGCCCCCGACCUCGCCCGCGACAUGCUCAAGCUGCUGCACGUGCCGCCGCCCGGCGCCGACGAGCUCGGCGGCGGCGGCGGCAAGAAGGACAAGGCCAAGAGAGCGCUCGACUGCUUCGACGGUCCCCUCGAGAUCUACCCGAGCAGCAAGAUCAAGCACUUUGAGGCCAUCGCCCGCAAGACGGGCGUCGCCUACACCGACAUGCUCUUCUUCGACGACGAGAGCCGGAACCGCGAGACGGAGAGCCUCGGCGUGACGAUGCACCUCGUGCGCGACGGCGUCUCGUGGGCCGAGAUGGAAAAGGGCGUGAUGGAGUGGCGCAAGAGGAGGGGAUACUUGGGAUAGGCGGCGGUGGCAGCGGCGGUGGCAGCGGCGGUGGCAGCGGCG